AUGGAAGAGGACGACAAGGCCGAUGACGCCGCUCAAGACACUCCUCACAAAGCCUCUCGACGAGAUCGAUUCAAGGGGGCCCUCGCCCGCACCAAGAGCAAGUUCAAAAAGCAUGGAGACAGGACUGAAGAAGAACAUAUUCUAAGUGAAGAUGUCGAUGACUUCCUCGCUGCCGGUCGACCCUCGGUCUCUAGUCUGAAUGCUGCAACAUCCUUUAGAGAGGACGCACUUCCUCAUCACCCCCCUCCCACCAAUUCCAACUCACCGAGACCCUCCACUUCCGACUCGGCCUCAUUCACACCAACCAAACAGUCCCCUCGAAGGCUCAACGUUCCACGCAUCGAUGUUUCCAACUCCCAAAGAUACCCCGGCGCUCAAAAUGUUGACCACUCUGGCCCUGAUAAUAAUUCUAUCAAUGACUUCCUACGUCCCGAAUACCAAAAUCGCAGCCAGUCUUCCAGUUCCCUGGCCAAAGGGAAGCGAAGAUCAAGAGGUCUCAGUGUGACCUUCAUAGAGGCUCCUCCGGUCAUUAUUGGUAUAGGCGGUGACGCUGCGCCUGCGCCGACUGUUGAGAUCUCAAAGGCGAGAGCUAGAGCACGAUCGGUAUCCCCAAUGCGAAACCAAGCUCAACCCAACGAUCCAGUGUAUACACCAAACAGACUACCUUAUCAACCUCCCAAUGGCGCGUCAGGUCUGCCUAACCACGGUCCUCGACCGGAACCACCAGAUGUCUUGAAGCCACGAGCUUUGCAGCGGAUACAGACGGGGCUAUCACCAAGCACUCCAAUCGGUAGAUCGAAUCUAGAUCAAGAGUUUGAGAUGUCCUUGAAGUUAUGGGGUGGCAGUAACAAUCACUCGCCGGCAAGCUCAACAGCCUCGCCUGCAUCUCCAGAAAUACUUGCACCCAAGCCUCUUCGACCCGUUCAUCCGCCACCCGCGGUCAUCGAGAUACCAGAGCCCCCGGAGUUGAAGAAGGAACGCUCAAGCGGCGAUCUGCGUCAGCACUUCCAAGAAGAAGAAAACAGGUUCCGAAAACACCAAGCUGGACUCACAUCAGAACCCUCGGGAGAAGGGAAUGCCACGCCUCAAAGUGCUGUGAGCUCUGAAGCUAGUCCGCACGAUCAGCGACCAUCACGAUGGAGGUGA